AUGCUCUUUGCCGUCCUCUCGGCGCCCAACCGCCGACUCGUGCGUGGCCCAUCGAUUCUUCCUACUGUGCCCAGUGGCAUGUCGUCGGACCAAGUCGGGUUCUCGCAGGGCACCAAUCGCACCGGCGGCAUCACUGCAGCGGAGCACAACCUAUUGACGCACCUGCUCGGGCCAGACUGGGCUACUGCACCUCUCAGACACUGA